AUGUCAUUUAUUUUAUUGGAUGCCAUCGAUGAAGACAUCGGUGAUCACAUGGACAGGAGACCACGAAGGUUCCGCGACCGCCAAAAUCCUCUCGAGACGAUGUCAGACAUAGAAUGUGUCCAAAGAUAUCGUCUCGAUCGCCAAGGAGUACACAAUAUAUGUGUGCUCCUCAACGAAGAACUUCAGCGGCCAACAAAGCGGUCGCAAUCACUGCCCGUUGUGGUGCAGGUUUGCGCGGCGCUCCGUUUUUUUGCGCAGGGCGCAUUUUUUCGGGCCACAGGUGACACGAUAGGCAUUAGCACUAAAUCAAUGUCACUUGUGGUCCAUAAUGUGGCCGAAGGUUUGGCCAAACGUUUUCGGGACUACAUUAAGUUCCCGGAAACUAAUGAAUUGAGGGAAAUAAAACAAGGUUUUUAUUCCCUCAACGGUUUUCCGGGAAUAAUUGGUGCCAUAGACGGCACCCAUAUCCCGAUAUUGGCCCCACCGGGAGAAGUGGAACCGUCGUACGUUAAUCGAAAAGGAUUUCAUUCGAUUAACGUACAGGCAGUGGUCGACUCCACUCUCCGGUUUACAGACCUUGUGGCCAAUUAUCCGGGACGAGUCCACGACUCCUUUAUAUGGAGAAACUGUGGACUCAAACAAAAGUUAGAUCAAGUCCCGGAUAUUGGUUGGUUGUUGGGCGACUCUGGAUACCCUCUUGAGCCGCAUUUGAUGACGCCGUUUACCAACCCAACGACGCCAUCACAGGUUAAUUAUAACCUGGCGCACACCAAAACCCGCAAUGUGGUAGAGCGGGCUUUUGGUGUGCUCAAAAUGCGGUUCCGCUGUCUUGAUUGGACGGCAGGGAAAAUGAUGUUCCGGCCAAAGAGGGCUGUUAAUGUCAUCAUUGCCUGUUUUGUUCUCCAUAAUAUAGCACAAAAAAUGCAUUUUUAUGGAGAACAAGCAGUUGGUCAUGAAGAUGACACAACUAAUGAUGACUUGCCCUACAAUAGUGGAACCGCUAAUCGCGGUUUAGAAAUAAGGGCUAAUUUACUGUCUUAUUUUUAG